GGCCUACAAGUUUUUUAAAGCUGUUUUAUAAUAUAGAUCUAGAUCCUGAUCUAUUAUUAACUGUAUCUAGAUUUAUACAGAAAACAGUACACUAUUGACUUAUAAAUGGACUCAUUUAAUGUGAAAGAAUUUUGCCAAAAGCUACCCAAAGUGGAACUUCAUGCACAUUUAAACACAAGCUACAGUGUUAAAUCAAUACAAGAAUUGAUUCAGCUCAAUGGAAGUGCUGGAGAGUUAGAAGAAGUAAACAUAGCUACCAAUCAGGACAUCGAUGAAAGUUUCAAGUUUUUUACCAAAAUUCAACAACUUGUCAAGACUGAAGAAGCAGUCUAUUUGUUGACUCGCAGUGUGAUAGAAGAAUUUGCAGCUGAUAAUGUUAAGUACUUAGAGUUGAGGUCUACCCCUAAAGAUAUACCAGAAACUGGAAUGACAAGGGAGUUGUAUAUGAAUACUAUGAUAAGGGCUGUGAAGGAAUGUCAAGAUAAAGGAUUAGACAUCAUAGUCAGAUUGCUAGUCUCUUUUGAUAGACGACAUGGAAUAGACAUUGCAAAAUUGACAGUUGAGCUGGCUGAAAAACUAAUGAAGGAUCAUGGUGGUUUAAUUAAUGGAAUUGAUUUGAGUGGUGACCCUAAGGUUGGUGAUGCAACAGAUUUAAUUCCAUAUCUUAUUGAAGCUGGAAAGAAAAACCUAAAGCUGGCAUUACAUUUAGCUGAGCUACCUUCACAUGCAGAAACAAAAAAUGUAUUGAGUGCUCUUUGCCAAGAAGGUUCCCUUUCUUUACGCAUUGGUCAUGGUACUUUUUUGUACCGACACGAGGACGGAUUAGGAUGUGAUGAAAUGAGAGAUUUAGUCCUUCAAAAAAAAAUCCCCAUAGAAGCAUGCAUUACAUCCAACUUGAAAACUAAAACAGUCAACAGCAUAGAGUCACAUCACUUUAAGUACUGGUUCCAGCAAGGUCAUCCAAUCAUUCUUUGUACUGACGGAAAGGGAGUGUAUGACUCAACAUUAUCCGAGGAAUACUGGAAGGCUGCUCAGGCCUUUAGUUUGAGCAGGGAACAAUUGAAAGACUGUGUUCACAAAGCAAUAGAUUCUAUAUUUGCUGAAGAUUCUGUCAAGGAGGUUUUAAGACAGAAAUUAAAUGAAUUUCAUAUAUGAACGUAUCAUCAUAUGCCUUUUAUUAUUUAAAUUCUAGAAAUGUGUUUGAGAAAAAGAAAAAUAUUUAAGCUCAAACUACUGAAAGUUAUAGGUAUUUGGAAAACAUACACUUGAAAGUUUUUUGUUCAUGGUGUUGUGUAAUCUUGUAUAAAUAAGCGCAUCUAUUGUUCUAAAGUAAGUCAACUUGUACAUGCUUAUCAAUGCAUUAAGUUUCUAGUCAGCUUUUGUUCUAAUUCAGUUUCUUGACUAUUAAAAUAUUCAUACAGCUUGGGCCCUGGUCCUUCAGUAGUGUUAGAGGAUUUUGUGUAGGAAACAAAAUGUUGAAUUAAAGCAGAAAUGAGUUUAUGUGGUGUGAAAUUUUGUUCAUGUGUAACCAAAAUGUUCUUUUGCUCAGCUUGUUGGACUCAAAUAUAGACAAUCUACAAAGUUUUUUUUUUACAUAAUCUUAAAGCUGCUUUGUUAAAUGUCACUGUCUUAAAAAUUAACCAAAAUGUAAUGUUUAUCAAUGUUAAGUACUGUUAUAUUACCUUACAUAUUCAAUAUAUAUGUCUGAACAAAGAGUUAGUAAAUUUGUAUGUCAUUUUAUUUAUAUCAUAUUCUAUACAGGGUUAAAAUAAGAACAUUGUUUUUUUUUAAACAAAAAAUUAUUUACAGAAGAGCACCAAUGUCUUAGUGUUUAAAACAAUGUCAAAAUAUCUUUCAGAUAUUUAAGAUUCUGUGUUUAAGUUAUGUAUAUUAAGUAUGAACCUCCCAUAUCCCUUGAAGAAAAAUGUAUCGAAGAAAAAAAAAACUUAAGCAUAACUGUUUUAGGUUAAUUAUUAAAAAAG